UAGGAACUACAGAGGAUGAUCAAAGUUUCCUUUGGCAGUUGACAGUUGAAGCUUACAAAAACUGGCAUAAAUUUAAAAAAUUUAUUGUGCAGGGCAAGGCUUUGCCUUGACACUCUAGGAGCUAAUAUCCUCGUUUAAACCGAAAUACAAGAGAAGAAUUUAACGCUGCAGAACCCAAACCAUGGGUAAUCCGAACAGCAAAAGGAUGACGUUCUUUAUGACCUUGAAUGCUGUCAUUAUCAUUAUCUUCAUAUACGUCUCUUUCUCGACGAAAGAUAUACUGCCGCUGAAACAUUUGCAUUCGGCUGGAACCCUUCCGAUGCGCCGCAGGAUCGAGCAUAGAAGCAGCAGCGUACAUUAUGGCAGCACCAUCAAACGGAAUGUAUUGAAAAGAAAAGAAAGGAAUUCCUCAGAAACAAGCAAACAGCUGGAGGUGAAAGGAGCUAGUUUAUUGCAUAGCAAUAUUGAAGCCGCUCCCUUCUUUUUGGCUUAUUCCACUCAACAGCCCAAGUCGUCGGAGUCUCUAAUGAAGAGCCAACAGAAUACCAUGCCCAUUGUAAGCUCCAUUAAUGGCAGUAGCAGCGUACCCAAUACAUCAAGUGAGAUCCCCGCAUUACCUUUACUUACUCCAGUGCUUACAAGAACAGUUUAUGAACCCGGCCAUCUCAACGAAGAGCUUGAUAUUAAGAGGAUAUGUAUAGACAGGGGGCUAUUUCUGAGGUUGCUCAUUCUGAUCACCUCAGCACAGAGCCACUUUAUGGCGAGAAUGUCCAUCCGACAGACCUGGAUGCACUAUGCAAGCAGGCGAGAUGUGGGCAUGGCCUUUGUCCUUGGCCGGACCACGAAUGCGACCCUAAACGAGUCUCUCAAUAAGGAGAAUUAUAUGUAUGGCGAUAUGAUACGUGGAAACUUUAUAGACUCGUACUUCAAUCUCACCUUGAAGACGAUCUCUAUGCUUGAAUGGGCAGACAUGCACUGCCCACGGGUGAAAUACAUCCUCAAGACAGAUGACGAUAUGUUCAUCAAUGUUCCUAGACUGCUCGACUUCAUAGAUGGGCACAAGGAUACACGUACGAUCUAUGGUCGCUUGGCCAGACGGUGGAAACCUGUCCGCAGUAGCAAGUCCAAGUAUUUUGUUUCAUACAAAUUAUAUAGUGGCCUGCAGUAUCCAACGUUUACCACCGGACCCGCCUACCUACUCACUGGAGACAUUGUACAUGAGCUAUACACGCAAUCGCUCAACACGUAUUAUAUGCAACUCGAGGAUGUCUUCAUCACGGGCAUUGUGUCCAAGAGCUUGGAGAUUAUGAGGCUGCAUGCCAAAGAAUUUCGCAACAGCCGAACCUCUUUCCUUCCGUGCAACAUACGCAAAGCGAUCAGCGUGCACAUGAUCAAGCCAAGCGAACAAUACAAUCUUUGGAAGAGCCUUUUGGACUCGAGUAUCAAGUGUAAAUAAUUGUCGGUCGCAUAACGACUAAAUCAAUGCUGAGGUCCCGCCAAAUGUUGAAAAAACUGAAACUUCAACAAAAGGAAUUGGUUUUUUACUUAUGUACGUCUACAUUAAAUACACAUCUAUAAAUAUCCUCCGUUUUGAUUUAA